UGAGAAACAUUUGUAAUGCACGGAACCCUUAACAAUGGGACCCGACUAUUAGAAAUGUUCUUUGAUAUCCGGUCUAAGCUGACCGUAUGAUGAAGGAGCCAGAAAAUGAUUCGAUCCAAGAUGUUUCUUCCCCAAUAUCAUCGAAUUCAGACCUGACACAAACCAAGGAACAAGAUUAUAAUGGCGUAUCUGAGGAUUCAGGCUUGUCCAGUUCUCCCACCCUAGGUCCAUUCCAACCCCUUUACUCUGUCAAAGUACCUAAUGCUGUAAAAAAUGGAGAGGCUCUGCAGUUUACUAUCUGUGUAUCAAAGGUUGAUAAUGAUGAGCAGGAGGAAGUAGUCCGUGAGUAUGAGGACUUAGAAUGGCUACAGCAUUGCCUGAUGACCGAGGAUGCAGUUGUGGGAUGCAUUAUCCCUCCCCUUCCUGCAAAGCCAGAAUAUGAUGCCAAGGCUGCAGAGUCCAAAACAAAGAAACAGCUAGGCAGUGAUGCCAAUGUUAUCAUGGCUGACGAGUUUCACAAAGACUGCAGGAAUGUAGAAAGAUACCUAAAAAUGGUGAUUUCCCAUGAGAAGUUUGGAAAAAGUGAAUUACUAAAGAAGUUUUUGUGUGAGAAAGAGGCAGCAGUGAGGACCAAACUGAAGAAGAGUUUGUUUAUGCGAGUCUCCCAAGCAGUGGAUGAGGCACGGAAAGGCCAACACAAGGAUGUAGAUGAAUACUUCCAGACACAGAGAGACUGGGCCACUAAAUAUGCAGCUUGUAUGAAAGAGACUUCUCUGAAUUUCAACAAGAUGCUGUUUGCACAAAUGAGAUUAGCCAACUGUUAUGGUCACUUAAUAACAGUCCUCAAGGAGACUGUUCCAUUUACCGAUGACUCCCAGAAAGAGAUGAACAGAUAUCAGUUGAUUCUUGGUGAAGGUGCAGAAAAUGUCAAGCAUGGCUUGGAAGUUAUGUCUAGAAAUGAUGAAAAAAGUUUGGGAGUUCAUCUCGACCUGUAUGCCAAGUAUAUGGAAAGUGUAAAGGAGAUGUUAUUUAGGAGGACUUGUUUGCUGGUGACAUAUGAAGACGCCACCAAGUCUCUAGAGAAGGCCAAGCCAAACAAGAGAACAGCGGCAGAAGAAGUUAAACUGACCACGGAGAAAUCCUUUGAAGAAUGCUCAGACACUGCCAGACGAGAGUUAAAGUCCUUCAGACAGCAGAGACUGUUGGCUUUCGGGGAGUCGUUGUCUACGUUUGUGGAGGCGCAGAUUAAGACGUCUAGAGACACCAUCACUCUCCUGCUGCGGACACUCAGGUCAAUCAAGUGUCCAGAGGACAGCAAGGCCACAUCAGAAUGAUUCAUCAACAAUUUAGUUCUAUUUAAUAUCAAAAUAAUUCUCCGAAUAAAGUGUCCAGACAACAGCAAGGCCACAACAGAAUGAUUCAUCAACGAUUUAGUUCUAUUUUGUAUUAAAAUGAUUCUCCAAAUUAAGUGUCCAGAGGACAGCAAGGCCACCAUGGAAUGAUUCAUCAACGAUUUAGUUCUAUUUAAUAUCAAAAUGAUUCUCCAAAUAAAAUGUCCAGACGAUAGCAAGGCCACAGCAGAACGAUUCAUCAACGAUUUAGUUCUAUUUCAUAUUUAAUUCUUCAAAUAAAAUAUACAGAGGAUAGCAAUUCAGGCCACAGCAGAAUGAUUCAUCAACGAUUUAGUUCUAUUAAGAGAAAAGAUGAUUUUCCAAAAUCCCUGUGGUCAAAUUCUUGUGCCUUCUGCUCACCUGUAUCUGUUGAUCACUUUCUGAUAGUUAAGCCACGUUUAUAGAUAGCUAUAAGUUGGAAAAAAAUCUGUGUUGUUUAAUUAUUUACGAAAGAAAAUAUGUAUAAUGUACCAGCUCCUAAGUUUUUUUUGAGUUCUUACGAAUUUUGAAGAUAUUUUUAAUGAAAUUUUUAAAGAAAUUUUUUAGCACUUUUUCUUUAGAAUUGAGCCUUAAAGGUAAAUGGAAAAAAAAUCUGUGAUAACUGCUUUCUUCAUAUUUGUAUCUUUUCUUUUAGAAAUAUACAAUAUUGACAUUCCCUUUCGUCACAUUUGUCAAUUUAGAAUACAUACUACAGGUUAAAGAUGUCUAAUUAUCAUAUGUGUAUAUUAUACUAGUUUCUUUAUAGCAAUGAAGUGAUUUUUUUUUUGUAUGUGAUUGUGAUGCCAAAGGAUAUUAACAUAUUUUACAUUCCUGCAAAAAAUGUUUAGUCAAAUAAUGUGCAAUAAUAUAUUUUGUAAUGAAUGUUUAUUACGUAUUAUAAUGUAUACAAUGUAAAAUAUUUGCAUGGGAUAUAUAA